UUGCUAGCGAUCGCGUUGGCGGCGGUUGGUAAAAUUUCAAUUAAUUUCGUGCAAAAAACAUAAAAAGUGCUCGCGCAAGUGAACCUGAAACGCGGGGCGGAACGAGUGCGCACACGAUGACGGCACCGAUCGAGAUCCCGCUGCGGGACACGGACGAGGUCAUCGAGCUCGAUCCGGAACAGCUGCCCGAUGGGGAGGAGGUGCUGGGCAUUUUGCGCCAGGAGCGGUCCCAGCUCAACACCUGGGUCACCGUGGCGCUCGCUUACUACAAGCAAAAUAAGACGGAGGAUUUUAUUAAGAUUUUGGAUGGUUCGCGGGUGGAUGCGAACAUUUCGUACCGGGACUUUGAGAAGGACCAGAUGCGGGCGUACGACAUGCUGGCCGCGUACUACGUGCAGGAGGCGAACCGGGAAAAAUCCAAGGAUAAGAAGCGCGAACUGUUCAUGAAGGCGACUCAUUUGUACACGACGGCGGACAAGAUUAUCAUGUACGACCAGAACCACUUGUUGGGUCGGGCUUAUUUCUGUCUGCUUGAAGGGGACAAGAUGGAGCAGGCCGACGCGCAGUUCAACUUUGUGCUGAACCAGUCGCCGUCGAACAUUCCGUCGCUGCUGGGUAAGGCGUGUAUCGCGUUCAAUAAGAAGGAUUAUCGCGGCGCGUUGGCGUUCUACAAGAAGGCGCUGCGCACCAACCCGAACUGUCCGGCGGCGGUGCGGCUCGGGAUGGGACAUUGCUUCCUGAAGAUGAACAACCAGGAGAAGGCCAAGUUGGCGUUCCAGCGUGCGCUGGAUCUGGACCCGGCUUGCGUGGGCGCCCUGGUCGGGUUGGCCAUCCUGAAGCUGAACCUGCACGAGCCCGAGUCGAACCGGCUGGGUGUGCAGAUGCUGUCGAAGGCGUACACGAUCGAUUCGACCAACCCGAUGGUGCUGAACCACCUGGCGAACCACUUUUUCUUCAAGAAGGACUACCAGAAAGUGCAGCAUCUGGCGCUGCACGCGUUUCACAACACGGAAAACGAAGCUAUGCGGGCGGAGAGUUGCUACCAGUUGGCGCGGGCGUUCCACGUGCAACGGGACUACGAUCAGGCCUUCCAGUACUACUACCAGUCGACGCAGUUUGCUCCGGUGAACUUUGUGCUGCCGCACUUUGGGCUGGGUCAGAUGUACAUCUACCGUGGGGACUCGGAGAAUGCGGCGCAGUGCUUCGAGAAGGUGCUGAAGGCUCAGCCGGGCAAUUACGAGACGAUGAAGAUCUUGGGUUCGUUGUACGCGAGUUCGAGUUCGCAGUCGAAGCGUGACAUCGCCAAGAAUCAUCUGAAGAAGGUUACGGAGCAGUUUCCGGACGACGUCGAGGCGUGGAUCGAGCUGGCGCAGAUUCUGGAGCAGAACGACCUGCAAGGGUCGCUGCAGGCGUAUGCGACGGCCACCAGCAUCCUGAAGGACAAGGUCAAGGCGGACAUUCCGCCGGAGAUUUUGAACAACGUUGCCGCGCUGCACUACCGGUUGGGCAACAUGGAAAAGGCGAUGGAGAAGCUGGACACGGCCAUCGAUCGGGCCAAGGUCGAGGCUCAGCACGAUGCGCAGUACUACGACUCGAUUUCGGUCACGAUGACCUACAAUCAGGCCAGGUUGAACGAAGCGAUGGCGUCGUUCGACAAAGCGGACAAGCUGUACAAGGACAUCCUGAAGGAGCAUCCGAACUACAUCGAUUGCUACCUCCGUCUCGGCUGCAUGGCCCGUGACAAGGGUCUGAUCUUCGUGGCGUCCGAUUUCUUCAAGGACGCGCUCAAAAUCAACAUGGAAAAUCCGGACACGCGCUCGCUCCUAGGAAAUCUCCACUUGGCCAAGAUGCAGUGGACGCUCGGCCAGAAGAACUUUGAAACGAUCCUGAAAAACCCCGCGACUUCAAGUGACGCGUACUCGCUGAUUGCCCUUGGAAAUUUCUGGCUCCAAUCGCUGCACCAACCCAGCAAGGACAAGGAAAAGGAGAAAAAGCACCAGGAGAAGGCACUCGCCAUCUACAAGCAGGUCCUACGUAACGACCCCAAGAACAUCUGGGCCGCCAACGGAAUCGGCGCCGUGCUCGCCCACAAGGGCUGCAUCAUCGAGGCGCGUGACAUUUUCGCCCAAGUCCGCGAAGCGACCGCCGACUUUUGCGACGUUUGGCUCAACAUUGCGCACAUCUACGUCGAGCAGAAGCAGUACAUCAGCGCCAUCCAGAUGUACGAAAACUGUCUCAAAAAGUUCUACAAGCAUAACAACGUCGACGUGAUGCAAUACCUCGCCCGGGCGUACUUCCGCGCCGGCAAGCUCAAGGAAGCCAAAAUGACCCUGCUGAAGGCGCGCCGAGUCGCGCCCCAAGACACGGUCCUCCUCUUCAACAUCGCACUCGUCCUCCAACGUCUCGCCAUGAUGGUCCUCCGCGACGAAAAGUCCGUCCUCACCGUCGUCCUGCAAGCGGUGCACGAGCUCGGACUCGCCCACAAGUACUUCAACUAUCUGUCCGUGCACGGCGACAAAACGCGCUACAACAUCGCCCUGGCCGCGGCCGAAGCCAGCCAGUGCCAGGAUCUGCUCCAGCAGGCCCAGUACCACGUCUCCCGUGCCCGCAAGAUCGACGAAGAGGAACGCUCACUCCGUCAAAAGCAGGAACAGGACCGCGAAGAGUUCAAGCGGCGCCAACGCGAGGAACGCUCCCGCAUGGAGGAAAUGCGCCGCAAAGCGCACGAAGAAAUGCUCGCCAAGCGUAUCGAGUACAAGGAGAAAACCAAGAACGCCCUCUUUUUCGCCGAACAAGCCCCCGAAAAGAAAAAGGGAGGCCGCGGCCGCAAGGACUACAUCUCCGACUCGGACGCGUCCGGCCCGCCCGGCGGCAGUGGCGGCGAAGAGGGCGGACCACCGCGCGAACGCAAACGCAAGGAACCCGGCGAGAAGAAGAAGCGCAAACCGGGCGGCGGACGCAAGAAGAAGGAAAAGGCCCCCGGCGGCGAUUCCGACUCGGACGACGGAGACUCCGCGCCGAAAAAGCGCGGCCGCAAGAAGGGCUCGAUGGGCUCCAAAAAGAAGCAACACAUGGAGGAAGGUCUCUCCUCGAAGCAAAAGUCCCGAAUCGUCUCCAAGGCAACCGUCUCCACCAGCGAGUCGGACAGCGACCGGUCGCGGCUCAAAAUCGCCAGCGGCGACGAGUCCGGUUCGGGCGGCUCGGGAGGCGGUCCCGCGACCAAGCGCAAGCGCCGCAUCGCUUCCGGCUCGGAAAGCGGCUCGGACGGGUCGGCCAAGUCGGGCGGCGGCAGCCGCAGCCGAAGCGGCUCGCGCAGUCGUUCCGCCUCUCGGUCAAAGUCGCGGUCACAGUCGCGGUCCAAGUCACGCUCCAAGUCGCGCUCCAAGUCCCGUUCGAGGUCGAAAUCCGGCAGCCGUUCCGGAUCGGGAAGCCGCUCCGGUUCCGGCAGUCGGCAAGCUUCGCCCAUCUCGAGAAAGUCGGUGUCCGGUUCGGGAUCGGACUAGAUUGGCGAUGAUUUGCGUUACGGAAAUAUGUCUUCUAGGCGUAGUGGUUAGGCGCUGUGUGUGUGUGUGUCGCUUAGUUUAGGACCAUAUUCAACCAUUUGUUUGUUUGCUAAUUAGAAAUGACUUCAAAUUAUGAUAAUAAAAACAAUUGAUUGGAGAGCAGGUUGUUUCGGAAUUAUGACGACGU